CCAUCAGACAACGCGCGAGCCCAUUCGUCCCGCCUCCCUGGGACAGACGGGAAAUUGAGUUGCCUGCGUUCUCUGUGCGCGGAGGGACUACAAUUCCCGUCAGGCUUCGCGCGCGCCGUGCGUCGCUGCCGGCCCCGCCCCCCUGCAGGAGAGCGCGGACCGGGAGCGGCGCGAACGCGUGAGGGGGACGGGACCGCCCGGCCCGCGGGGACCGCCCUGGUGAACUUCCAUCCGUGUAAAACCGCGCCGCGCUCGUCCUGGACAGCACAGGUGCAGAGUGACAGACACUGACAGCACCUGCGCUGCGCCCAGAUGAAAGCUCCCGCACGUGCUCCUGCGGGAUGCCACAGGCAACACUGCUGUACCUGUCCAGCCGAAAGUUGGCAGGAUGCGUAGAGUCCCAAUUUUGCUAAUUCAGCACACUUUGACUUUAUUAUAAUUUAAGAAACGAUCCAGUUAAGCCAGAUUCAGCAGGACUUGUCAAAUACUGAGGCCCUUGACUGGUGUGACUAUUAGAAGUUAUUAAAAAAACCCCAACCUCCGCAAACCUGAAAUUAUUGCUUGAAGUGACUCCCUGACACAGAGAAGCUCAAAGUUGUCAUGUCCACUGUUGGAUUCCAUAAUAUCUCUGGGCCAGAUCUCCUGCUUUAUGAAUGUGGCCCUAGGAAGUAAAACUCUGGGAACUGUCUGGAUUAAGGAAUUAAAGCUGCUUGCCAUGUGGUCAGGCCAUCCUAAAAUGAUUCAGACCAGUCAAGGUGACCUUAGACCUAUGUGAGUUAUUUAAGUUUUAGAAAAAUUCUUGAGUGGUAUUUUGAGAACUAUCUUAUUUUCCAGAAAUAAUUCAUCAACAUCUGUUGCAUAAUAAUAUCUUUUGGAAUGUAUUUUGCCUGUAUAUUACCAAUGAUGUAUUUUUCCUUGCUUUAGUGGAGCACAGAAGGCUCAAGUUUGGUCAUCUUUCCAGAUUUCAGAAGUGAAAUUUCUAAGUUUCAGGGUUGAAAUCAUGUCUGCAUCAACUGCACCAGAGAAAGUAUUCUUACUGUUUUGUUAAUUUAAAUGGUGGUUGUGUUGAGAACUUCUGUACAUUCCCCCUGGAAUUUAGAAAUCAUAUUUGGGUAUAGGGAAAAAAUGUUAUAAGCAGUGUCUACACCCACUGUAGACAUAUCUUAUUAUUUCUUUCCUUGCUUUUAGAUCAAUAUAUCUCUUAUUAAGCCCCUUCUUCAUGGUUUUUAUGAGCAGUACCACAUCAUAUCUAGUAGGUAUCAGUUGUAGGACACAUUACAGUAACAAGUAGAGCAGGAGUGCGUGAUGAAGCCCAACAAAGGCAAAUGUAAGUUCUUGCACGUGGGAAAACACAAUUCAGGAGUGCAGCACAGGCUGGGAUCUUUCACUGGAGUCAAUGGAAUUAUACUGAUAAAAGCUUAAAGUGUUGGACCCAGCUUAUCUGUCCCGAAAUCACUUCACUACCGUGCAGAUACUUUCACGAGUAUCUGCCAUCUUGAGAUCACUGUGGAGGAUGUGACUGUCCUCUCCAUGACUGAAAAGGUUAAACAGCAGCUUCAAACCAAAGACUCAAAUUACUCUGUGCACAAGCUUCAUCAGAAACGUGAAUGAUAUCCGAGCCAUAAUCUGGGUUUCUUCCCCAGGAGUGUAAAUAUAUGAGGCAAAUCAGAACAAGCAUUGGCUUCCCAGUGAAAUUUUUGGCAUCACCUGUGGUCCUUAUUUUCUUUUGUCACAACUAAACUGGAUUUUGUCAAUUCCUAUUUAGCCACUAGUUUAGAAUAGGGAGAAAAGCCUACAAUAGAAAGCCUUCAGCUGUGCACCUGGCCCAUAGAAACAAGUGCAGAAGACACAAUAAACAUUUCCAUCUGCUAGAGACUAGAAUACAGAUUUGUUACACUGUUCCACUCCAAACAGUUUGUGUAUUCCCACAUGGUUUAUUUUGUGGGAGAAUAAGUCUCGUACAUAGUAAUGUGGUAUGAAAUCACAGUUUCUUAUACAAUGUUUUUCUUUUCUCUUUCUGUAGUCAAAAAGGCAAUUAACUUAAACAUGGCAAAGAGAAAUUUAAUUAUAAAUAAGCCUGUAAUUCUGAUCUAGCUAUGUCAGUGAUACUGGAUAGGGGCAGUUAUUGCUACUUGCUAGAUAUUACUGGUUAACUUUGUAUUUAAAGUAAAUUCUAUAAGAUUAAGCCAUCAAGAUACAAGUUAGCUGUGUGAACUGUUUUCAUUGUGGCAGUCUCCUGCCAAAGCUUUUUCUUUUUCCUGUGAGAAGACCAAAUACAUUUUCAGAAAUGUUACAUUCACUGUGUAUACAUCUACCAGGCUGGGAUGGAGGUGUCAUAUACACCUGUUUUUCCAUGCUGGGUACUGCAGUUAUAGCACAGUGACAGUCAUGUAUUAUGGAAAAAUAAGGGAAAAAUGCAGAUAAUGUUUUGAAUAAAAAUUUUAAAAUAUUGAUAAAGCUUUUCUUUCAUCAUUAGAAUGUAAUGUUAUUAAAUGUCUCAUAUAACCAUGGUUAUAAGCAAAAAAAUAGCUAAAACCCUAAAAAUGAACCCAGCAAAUAAGCCUCUCCAAACCUAAUAGACUAGACAAAUGAGGCUAAUUUGGAAUUGAGGAGCAAUAUCUCAAUGACCAAAUCUCUAGAUUUUGUCAUUCCAUUGUACCUGAAGGUCUUAGAAGUAUUUUCUACAACACAAUCACGAAGUUCUUGUUGAACUUGUAAUUUAACAGUAUCUCUUUUAAAAUCAGAACCCCAUUCAUUUACAAGAAGUAAUUAUUUCAUCAGCUAUGUGUUUUAAAUGUUGUUGUCCAUCCAGGGAAACAGGUACAAUGGAAGUUGUCUGAAGCUGCAGAGUGAGUCUGUGGCAAACCCGGGAACUGAACUGGUCAUACCUUCUUCCUGCUAUGUCUCCUGCCUCUGGUUUUUUUUUAUCUUUGGACUGGGACAAAAAGUAAGCAUUGCAUAUUAUAAGAAAACAUGAUUACUGCAGCCCAUCACCACAAAGUUUUAGAGACAAGAACAAUUAUUAUGAACUCCUGUUUGGAGAUCUUUUCUAUGAUUUGUAAUCUUCAGCACCUGUCCAAGAAAUGCCUUCUAUAAAUAACCAUUUUCUGUUUCAGACAAGAUUGGUGCAGCUGCUCAGUUUUUCUACAAUUGUGAAUUGCCAAAAAAAGGAACAGUAAUUCCUUGGGGACCUCAGAGUUAAAUCCCUUCUAUGUAACGUGAUACUAUGAAGUGGAGCUGUGAUGGAAGUCCAUUAUUGCUGGCUGCUCUUAGAGUUGCUCAAACUGAGAAGUCCUUUGUAGAUGAUCCUCGCUCUUUUACAAAUUUCUGUGGCUUUGUAGUUCCAUAAUUACUGCCCCUGAUGGCACCCUGCCCCAAAAAUGAAUACUUUGAUCAUUUGCUGCUCUCUUGUACGCCUUGUCAUCUCCGAUGUUCCAGUUCGCCACCGCCUUCGUGUGAGAACUACUGUGAGCAGAGUACCGAUUCAAGUGGAAUUCUUUGGAUUUGUUUGGGCUUAGGAGUCAUUUUAAUGCUCACUCUGUUCACCUUAAUGGUCUUGUUUAAAAGGAAGCGCCUAAAGCAGUCAAAAGAAAAACUGGAAAACACAGACUCCUCUGUGGAGCUGAAUAAUAUUCUCAAGGCUAAUACUGACAGCAGUGGGAAUACAGAAGAAAUUAGACACACACUUCAAAGUGAAACAUUAAUGUAUUCAGUGGAAGAAUGCACUUGCAGUGACUGUGGCUUGGUAAAACCUCAGACUGGCUGUGAAACUUCAUUUCCAUUACCAGCUACUGAAGAACGAGCAACUGUUCUAGUUACCACAAAAUCUUUUGAUUAUUGCAACUAUGUUCUGGGUGUUGGAUGACUCUGAGAGUAGUAUAUUUUUACUGUGUAAUAAUAACUGAGUUAUUCCAGUAUGGUGAUUAAUCUUAAUACUUGCAGUCAGUGGAAGAGGUAGUACCUUGUCCUUAUAGAUCUUCCAUUGAGCUUUCAUUAUUAAUAUUGUCAUGUUAUUUCUAAUGCUAGUAUUUCUCUAGUCAAGUAUUUCUACAUUAUUCUCGGGUACUAAACUAGUUAUUGGAAUUUUUACUUUCUGAAAGUCCUUACAAAGGACAGCUUUUGCUGCUCUUAAAGAUUGUAUCUGCUUACACCAGAUAUAUACAAACCCGUCAAUAAACAAGUGUGCAAAUAUAUGCUUUAUGUUAAACUCA